AUGCGAGGCACAUAGCAGCGGCUGCAUCGUCAGUCAGCGCGCAGAAGCGCAAAGCAAGCACACACACGCACACACACACACACGCACACACACACACACACGCACACACUUGUUCACUAUUACAGUCACAUCGCUGUUGGUCUCAGUGUUUUCCCUCUCAGUGCUUUUCCUCUCUCAGUGCUGUGUAUGCGGGGGUUCUGGAGCAUCUCCACCGCACAGCUCGAGCCACCGCAAUACCUGCACUGCUCAACUCACCAAGUUUCCAGGCGCAGGAUUUGGUUUUUUUGUUUUUUUGCAUCGCUUUCCCUCGUCGAUUUGUUCUGUGCAUCUCAAAAGAAACCAGCAAAGACAGCGACUGAGGUGAUCUACUCGCCUUAGAGCAUUCAGCAGCCUCCUCUCUGUGCAUCGCGAUGAUCCCAAGAUGAUUUGAAAUACCACAGCAAUAUUCCAGUGAAUCCUCGCUUCUCUGGUCUUCAGUGCAGCAUUUGAGAGGAAGAUUUCACAACAUCAUCUUUGAAUAAAAUGGCUGCCUUUGUGAAAAACUGCUUGUACAUGCUCUUGGCAUUUACUGUACUUCCUCUGAUCUUAAGCAUGCACCCAGACUGUGUCAUCCAACUAGAAAAAGAAAAAUGUAUGGAGAGGAUGGCCUUGGACGACCCUGGCAGUGACCCUGAAAACAUGUGUCGCUGGAUGUGGGACAACCUGACAUGCUGGCAGCCAGUGAGAAUAGGUGAUGUGGUGUGGAUGCCCUGUCCUGAGCUCUUUGAGGUCAUGAAUGAAGAAUAUGAUGAGUUUGGAAAGGUGAGCCGUAACUGUACUGAGGAUGGCUGGUCAGAGAUGUUCCCUCAUUACGUGGAUGUGUGUCCUUUUGAUGACAAUAGAAGUAGUCCUAUGGACAAGUACUAUGUGUCUGUGAAAGCUCUGUACACAGUGGGCUACAGCACGUCUCUGGUGUCUCUCACCACUGCCAUGGUGAUCCUCUGCUGGUUCAGGAAGCUUCACUGCACCAGGAACUUCAUCCACAUGAAUCUCUUUGUGUCUUUUAUCCUGAGAGCCAUCUCAGUUUUCAUUAAAGAUGGAGUUCUGUAUGCUGAGGAGGACAGCAGCCACUGCUUUAUACAUACUGUGGAAUGUAAGGCAGUGAUGGUGUUUUUUCACUACUGCGUUUUGUCAAACUACUUCUGGCUGUUCAUUGAGGGGCUGUACCUCUUUACUCUGCUGGUGGAAACCUUCUUCCCUGAGAGGAGAUAUUUCUACUGGUACACCAUCAUCGGCUGGGGAACCCCAACUGUGUGUGUGACAGUCUGGGCGAUGCUCCGUGUCCAUUUUGAUAACAUUGGAUGUUGGGACAUAAAUAACAACGCCGCCAUCUGGUGGGUGAUAAAGGGACCCGUGCUUGCUUCCAUUAUGAUCAACUUCGUCCUCUUUAUCGGUAUCAUUAUAAUCCUUGUCCAGAAGUUGCAGUCUCCUGAUAUAGGAGGCAAUGAAUCCAGCAUUUACUUACGCCUUGCUCGCUCCACUCUCCUGCUCAUCCCUCUCUUUGGUAUCCACUACACUGUGUUUGCUUUCACUCCUGAAGAUGUUAGUAAGAGGGAACGGCUCGUGUUUGAACUGGGUCUUGGCUCUUUCCAGGGCUUUGUGGUUGCUGUCCUUUACUGCUUCCUCAAUGGAGAGGUGCAGUCGGAGGUGAAGAGGAAGUGGAGGAGCUGGACGGUGAACCGUUACUUUGCGGUGGACAUGAAGCACAGGCACCCGUCCUUGGCUAGCAGUGGCGUAAAUGGAGGCACGCAGCUCUCCAUCCUCAGCAAAAGCAGCUCACAGAUCCGCAUGUCCAGCCUGCAGGCCGAGACUCCAGCCACAUGAGCUGCAGUCUCUCAGAUCCGCAGACACACACACUGAACCCCUCACACAUAGCGCUAUAGUAGUCCAGUUUCACCUCAGAGACGUGUAUGAGCUUGCAUUGUGUGGGGCAAACUGAUGCUGGAGGCCAUUCAUCAGAGCAAUCUGCUCCUGAACACACAAGAAUUCAACACCUUUAAUGAUCACAUGGUCAAGGAGACAAAUAUUUGGCUCGUCUUUUAUAUAAAUGAAAGGAAUAUGAAUUUCUAGAGCCAUGAAAAUCUCAUUGGCAUUGUCGUGCCAAAUUAAAGAAAUAUUUUACAUCUAUUCAUUGUGAUGAUCUUGAACACAAAGGCUAAAUAUCAAUGACCUGCCAUGGAGCUCUUGCCCAUAUUGAUGUUCAAGAAAAUGUGACCUGUUCCCUCGGCCAGAUAGGAAUGGUUUUAUCCAUGAUCCUAGCAAAAAAUACUUGGAUGAUACAAAGGGAAACACACUGACCAUUCUGUAGACCAUUAUCACAACAAGCUCAAUCAAACUUCAAGAAAAGGGAUAUUUCAACACUGAAAUGUUAACACUAAAUCUAUUUGAUUUAAUACAGUAGAAAUAUAAGAGGUAAAAGAGCUACUAAUCUGCCAAAAGUAUUUUAUUUAGAAACUGUUCAGUGUUUUCUGGAACCUCCUUCUCCGUGUGCUGGUAAAUAUGAUCUUGGACUUGCUCUAGACCAUGCUGUGGUCUCCCUGCCAGUGUGAAUAUUCAUUAUACUGUAUUUCAGUCAUGGAAAGUAAGGAUAAAAUUUGUGAAAAGAACUGAAAAAGAAAAGAAACUGAAUAGCUGAGAGAGAUUUCAUGCUCUUCAUAGAUUCACAGAAUUGUUGCAUUUAUUGAUGUUGAUACAAGUGAGGAACUAUUCAGUUUAAUGUUCUUAAAGCACACAGAGGACAUACUCACUUGUGUCAUUGGGAAAGUUUAGGAAAGUUUCAAGUCUCAUAUGAGGUAGGGAAAGAGCAUGUUAAAGCUUUUCUUAAAUGCAGUUUGACUAUCAGUUUAGAACUGUGAAUGUAUAUGGUUAGUCAAAUCGGGACCAUUUUUGUUAACUGAAAAGUGGGGUAAAAACUUUGAACUCUUAUUAUUUUAGAUGAACAAAAGCAAAACUAAUACCUGCAAAUGAAAACUAAUACAUUAAAUACUUUAAAUAGUA